CCGAGCAAAUUCCUGCGCCAUUGCAUUAAAUCAGUUUUAAUUUAAAAUUAUAUAGCUUUUAAUAAAUAAAAACCCACCAAAAUAUUGACAAAAUGCGUCCGCCAGAGUUCAAGCUCAACAAUCCGCCAGAGGACCUCAUCUCCGCCGUGAAAUUUGGCCCCAAAUCGAAUCAGUACAUGGCGGCAUCCUCUUGGGACGGUACACUCCGGUUCUACGAUGUGCCGGCGAACCAGAUGCGCCAAAAGUUCCUGCAGGAUGCGCCGAUUCUGGACUGUGCCUUCAUGGACAUUGUGCACGUGGUCAGUGGCUCGCUGGACAACCAACUCCGUCUCUUUGAUGUGAAUACCCAGACGGAAAGCGUGGUUGGUAACCACGCCGAGCCCAUCCGAUGCGUGGAGCACGCCGAGUACGUCAAUGGCAUCCUCACGGGCAGCUGGGACAAGAACGUGAAACUGUGGGACAUGCGAGAGAAGCAAUGCGUUGGCAACUUCGAGCAGAACAAUGGAAAGGUAUACUCCAUGUCCGUGAUCGACGAGAAGAUUGUGGUGGCCACCUCCGACCGCAAGGUGCUUAUCUGGGACCUGCGCAGGAUGGACAGCUACAUCAUGAAGCGGGAGUCCUCGCUCAAGUAUCAGACCCGCUGCAUCCGCCUGUUCCCCAACAAGGAGGGCUACGUGAUGUCCUCCAUCGAGGGCCGGGUGGCCGUGGAGUACCUGGAUCAUGAUCCCGAAGUGCAGCGCCGUAAAUUCGCCUUCAAGUGCCACCGGAACCGGGAGCAGAACAUCGAGCAAAUCUACCCUGUGAAUGCCCUGAGUUUCCACAAUGUCUACCAGACGUUCGCCACCGGCGGCUCCGAUGGCAUUGUCAACAUUUGGGACGGUUUCAACAAGAAACGCCUUUGUCAGUUCCACGAAUACGAUACCUCCAUCUCCACGCUCAACUUUAGCUCCGAUGGCAGCGCACUGGCCAUCGGCUGCUCCUAUUUGGACCAACUGACAGAGACACCGGCCACCGUACCACAUCCGACGAUUUAUAUACGCUACCCGACGGAUCAGGAAACUAAGCAGAAAUAAGUGCUUUCAUUUAUUUGUUUAUGGCGUUAAUUAUACACGACUUUUCAAAGUAAGCCACUCUUUAAUAAGUACCCACAUCAGUUUUCCCAGCACAAUCGCAAGUUCUAUGAAACUCAUGACAGAGGCCCCUAUGUAAAGACUUAUGAUGCCACCAAAGUUGGCCAGUAAAUCUAGGUUAGUGUGCUUCAAUUUUGUUAUGAUUUUCGUCAUCACACGCUGGGCAUAAUAAAUCUGAGCUUUUAUCAAUGUA